GCAACACACAAAGAGCAGCUGUUACCAUCCGUCUGUUGUAGUUAGCCAGCUAGCCUAACUCCAGUCUUCGUACUUGUUUCAGUAACCUUUUGUCCGUUUUAUGUGCUAUUUGCUAUAAAUACUAAUAUUAUAAUACGUGUUUUACAGUUGGCUGCACGUUCCCACGCAAUAUAAAGAUUUUCAUUCUUAGGCUGCGUGAGGAGAGAAUCAUCACAAUGGAACCUGCCUGUCGGAAAGACAAGCCAAAGCUCAACUCGACUCCAACCAGAGGGGAGCGAUCGAAACAGAAAUCUGCACAACAGGAACUCAAACAGCGACAAAGAGCAGAGAUAUACGCUUUGAACAAGGUGAUGACUGAGCUGGAGCAACAGCAGUUUGAGACUUUCAGUAAACAAAUGCAGCCGCCAGCAGAGUGACGCCGCCUUCACGUUUCAGUUGGAACACGCAGCCUCGGCCUCCAACUAACACAUGCCGACUGAAAGACUUGUGGAUCUUCACCAGGCGAGCACCAAUUUUGUCGAUUUCUGUCGGUCCACAUUGACACUCCGUCUUCAGGCCGCCUUGCCUUCCUUUACCUUAGCAAGCGUUGGAAGUAAUCUCCUCUCCCGCCUGCUACUAUUUAUUCAAUAGCUCUAUGACCUGCUCUACCUCCUGAGACACUGUCACCCAAAUCAGGUCAUGUUGCGUCUAUACUCUAAACCAUCCUAUACAAUAUUUUAUAAAUAUAAUGCAUAGCUGGGAGUACACAGUAUUGAGAACGGUUUGCCGUUCAUAGAACAUUUCUUUUUGGCGGUGUACCUAGAUUUUUCUCAUGUAAACACUGGUUUUGAUGAUGAUGAUGGAUUGAAUUUAUAUAGCACUUUUCUACAAACUCAAAGCGCUUCAGAGAACUGAGAACCGAUCAUUCAUUCACUCCACAUUCACACAAUGAUGGUGGUAAUCUACAUUUGUUGCCACAACUGACACCUUUCCCUAUACGUAAAUCAUUUGCAUGAAGAAGCGCACACAAAACGUCAAAAUAAUUAAUGACAGGGCGCUUCAUUUUGCCGCAAAUGUAUUCUUAGCCACUUCCUGCUCCGUCACUGAUAAUAUGAUGGCUUGUUUCCGUUCAAAGUCCCACUGGCUCCUGUGGCGCACAGUGUUAGUGCUUGUUAUGAAAGUCGGUGACUUUGACGUAGAGAUGUCCGAUAAUAUUGGACUGCCGAUAUUAUCGGCUGAUAAAUGCUUUAAAAUGUAAUAUCGGAAAUUAUCGGUAUUGGUUUCAAAAAGUAAAAUUUAUGAUUUUUUAAAACGCCGCUGUACGGAGUGGUACACGGACGUAGGGAGAAGUACAGAGGAGUUGCGUCUCCCAGUCAUACUUGCCAACCCUCACGAUUUUCCUGGGAAACUCCCGAAUUUCAGUGGCCAUCCCGAAACUCUCCCGGGGCAACCAUUCUCCCGAAUUUCUCCCGAUUUCCACCCAGACAACAAUAUUGGGCGCGUGCCUUAAAGGCAUUGCCUUUGCUUGCCGGCCCAAUCACAUAAUAUCUACGGCUUUUCACACACACAAGUGAAUGCAUGCAUACUUGGUCAACAGCCAUACAGGUCACACUGAGUGUGGCCGUAUAAACAACUUUAACUCUGUUACAAAUAUGCGCCACACUGUGAACCCACACCAAACAAGAAUGACAAACACAUUUCGGGAGAACAUCCGCACCGUAACACAACAUAAACACAACAGAACAAAUACCCAGAACCCCUUGCAGCACUAACUCUUCCGGGACACUACAAUAUACACCCCGCCCACCUCAACCUCCUCACGCUUUCUCAGGUAGAGCAUGUCCCAAAUUCCAAGCUGCUGUUUUGAGGCAUGUUAAAAAAAAUAAUGCACUUUAUGACUUCAAUAAUAAAUAUGGCAGUGCCAUGUUGGCAUUUUUUUCCAUAACUUGAGUUGAUUUAUUUUGGAAAACCUUGUUGCAUUGUUUAAUGCAUCCAGCGGGGCAUCACAACAAAAUUAGGCAUAAUUAUGUGUUAAUUCCACGACUGUAUAUAUCGGUAACGGUUGAUAUCGGAAUCGGUAAUUAAGAGUUGGACAAUAUCGGAAUAUCGGAUAUCGGCAAAAAAGACAUUAUCGGACAUCUCUACUUGGAGUUGAAACCGUAAGGAUUAUAAAUUGAUGUUUAGAUUAUUUUGUACCGAAACAAUACUUUUUUUUGUAUUAGUACAAAACAUCAACAUCAAAUUAGAUUUAAGUUUAAUUUAAAAAUUUAUAAAAGUUGUUUCACAUAAAUAGUACGUCUCAGUGUUUCAAGCAUUCAUUAAAAAACAUUAUUUUUUAAUUCCUCAUACCUUUUAACCAUAAUUUAAACUCUUGUGCGUUACUAGUCCUGUUUGUGUGAAUAAAUUCAGAUUUAUGGCAUAUUUGCUAUAAUACACAUAGCUUUGAAUUGUACAUGGAACAACCGUGAUUACUCAAGUGUGCUACUGUAAUAACCUUGUACAACAGUUCAUU